AUAUAGAAACUAGGCCUUGGAGAACUGAGAUUGGACUCUGAGAUGAGAGACUAACUUGAUAAGGAACUUCACACACUCACAUGGAUAAUGGCACUGUUUCAGUCAAAAGGGUUAUCAAUACUUCUGUUGAUCAUCAGAACACAGUUUGCUGGUGCUGAGUCUUGUUCUCAUGUAGAUGCGCCACAAUUCAUCACAGCUACUCAGGAAGAGGUAGCUGUCCUCCCCUGUUUCACAUCAAUCCACAAAGAUUUAGCAGCCAGAGUGAAAUGGACAAAACUUUCACUUAAACCUGAGGACAUCUUGGUGUGGCCUGAUAAUCCCUCUGUGGCCCAUAAAUCAGAACGUGUGGCCUUCGAGUCGGGAGCGGAUGUUGUGGUGGCUGGAAACCUGUCCCUGUCUCUAAGAGAUGUAAGGAAAUCUGACGAAGGGCUUUAUAGUUGCAAGGUUUGGUUGGGAUGGAGUUGUGUCCAUGUGAAAAACAUCACUCUAAAAGUGAAAGAAUGCAAAAUUCUACAUUCAGUUAUGGCAGCACACAAUGGGAUAGCUACCCUGCCUUGCCUGUUGAACAUGACUACAGGAAAUCCCCAAAUAUCAUCGGUGACCUGGGCAGAGAUCAAGGGAGACAGUGAGAUCCAAAUACUUCAAUACCCUACAGAUAUCUCCAACCAAACAUUCCUAGGAAAAAGGGUGAGCUUUGGAGGGAAUCUCAGUUCAGGAGAUGCAUCUUUGGCUCUCUCCAUGGUGGAGUACAGUCACAGCCAAUGGUACAGAUGUAGGUUGCAGAUGGGACAAAAUGAACGCUGCUUUGAGGUCAAGCUGCAGGUUAAAGAACAGGAAGAGAACCUGGUUGUUCGGACUUUCACCACAACUGAACUAACAAACCCUGCAGUUACUGCCAGGGGGAGUCCAGAAAGAGUUGCGACUGCUACAGUUGGAACGGCUACUAUAGCGGCUUCAUCCAUGUGUGUGAUUGUCAUAAUGGCUCUUACGCUGGGAUUGAUCAUUUGCCUCAGACGCCGCAGACACUCAGAUGGAGAUGAGUCUGACUGGAAUACUUAUGAAGAUGUACAAGACCCAGCAACGGGACCCAAUUGUUUGUAUUCACUUGCAGAGUUUGACCAGAAGGACAACCUAGGCACUUUUCAAUGGCAGUGAAAAGAAUAAUCAUCUUCCAAUCAACACACCAUGUCUUACCGAACCCUUCACAAAACAUCUGUAAAUGCUUUCUUAUGAUAUUCACCCACUUAUCUUUCAACCCCUGGUAUAUCCUACAUAGUAUUACACAAUAACAAUCUUAUCUUUCAACCCCUGGUAUAGCCUACAUAGUAUUACACAAUAACAAUCUUAUCUUUCAACCCCUGGUAUAUCCUACAUAGUAUUACACAAUAACAAUCUUAUCUUUCAACCCCUGGUAUAUCCUACAUAGUAUUACACAAUAACAAUCUUAUCUUUCAACCCCUGGUAUAUCCUACAUAGUAUUACACAAUAACAAUCUUAUCUUUCAACCCCUGGUAUAUCCUACAUAGUAUUACACAAUAACAAUCUUAUCUUUCAACCCCUGGUAUAUCCUACAUAGUAUUACACAAUAACAAUCUUAUCUUUCAACCCCUGGUAUAUCCUACAUAGUAUUACACAAUAACAAUCUUAUCUUUCAACCCCUGGUAUAGCCUACAUAGUAUUACACAAUAACAAUCUUAUCUUUCAACCCCUGGUAUAUCCUACAUAGUAUUACACAAUAACAAUCUUAUCUUUCCACCCCUGGUAUAGCCUACGUAGUAUUACACAAUAACAAUCUUAUCUUUCAACCCCUGGUAUAGCCUACAUAGUAUUACACAAUAACAAUCUUAUCUUUCAACCCCUGGUAUAUCCUACAUAGUAUUACACAAUAACAAUCUUAUCUUUCAACCCCUGGUAUAUCCUACAUAGUAUUACACAAUAACAAUCUUAUCUUUCCACCCCUGGUAUAGCCUACGUAGUAUUACACAAUAACAAUCUUAUCUUUCAACCCCUGGUAUAGCCUACAUAGUAUUACACAAUAACAAUCUUAUCUUUCAACCCCUGGUAUAGCCUACGUAGUAUUACACAAUAACAAUCUUAUCUUUCAACCCCUGGUAUAGCCUACGUAGUAUUACACAAUAACAAUCUUAUCUUUCAACCCCUGGUAUAUCCUACAUAGUAUUACACAAUAACAAUCUUAUCUUUCAACCCCUGGUAUAGCCUACAUAGUAUUACACAAUAACAAUCUUAUCUUUCAACCCCUGGUAUAGCCUACGUAGUAUUACACAAUAACAAUCUUAUCUUUCAACCCCUGGUAUAGCCUACAUAGUAUUACACAAUAACAAUCUUAUCUUUCAACCCCUGGUAUAGCCUACAUAGUAUUACACAAUAACAAUCUUAUCUUUCAACCCCUGGUAUAGCCUACAUAGUAUUACACAAUAACAAUCUUAUCUUUCAACCCCUGGUAUAGCCUACGUAGUAUUACACAAUAACAAUCUUAUCUUUCAACCCCUGGUAUAGCCUACGUAGUAUUACACAAUAACAAUCUUAUCUUUCAACCCCUGGUAUAGCCUACGUAGUAUUACACAAUAACAAUCUUAUCUUUCAACCCCUGGUAUAGCCUACGUAGUAUUACACAAUAACAAUCUUAUCUUUCAACCCCUGGUAUAGCCUACGUAGUAUUACACAAUAACAAUCUUAUCUUUCAACCCCUGGUAUAGCCUACAUAGUAUUACACAAUAACAAUCUUAUCUUUCAACCCCUGGUAUAGCCUACAUAGUAUUACACAAUAACAAUCUUAUCUUUCAACCCCUGGUAUAGCCUACAUAGUAUUACACAAUAACAAUCUUAUCUUUCAACCCCUGGUAUAGCCUACAUAGUAUUACACAAUAACAAUCUUAUCUUUCAACCCCUGGUAUAUCCUACAUAGUAUUACACAAUAACAAUCUUAUCUUUCAACCCCUGGUAUAGCCUACAUAGUAUUACACAAUAACAAUCUUAUCUUUCAACCCCUGGUAUAGCCUACAUAGUAUUACACAAUAACAAUCUUAUCUUUCAACCCCUGGUAUAGCCUACAUAGUAUUACACAAUAACAAUCUUAGUUGUGAAAUAAUCAAAUGGAUGAGGUGACCAAUUGUAUUUAGCUUGAUUUGAUUGGACAUAUUCCUUUAUUUGUUACCCCAUGGUGGAACAACUUUUGCUGAUGCUUUUCUACACCAAAUGAUGUGUAGUUGGGAGCUGUUCCAGACAGAGAGACAUGCUGUUCUGGGGUUUUUACUUGUAUUGCUAAUGCUCACACACUGCCAUCCUGCAUUAAAUAAACACACUUAUCUGUUCA